UCUAUAUAAGUUUAAAUGAUAACUCUACUGUACCUGAUAUUGAAAAUGUAAACUUCCUGUAAUUUCCAAAUGGUGCACAAUACAUUUUCACAAAAUUACGACCACAAGGAUCCAUGAUCAACACACAUAUCAUAGUCAGUUUGAAAUAAUGUCCCGAAUUUAUGAAUGCUAAGAAUCCAAUUUUUAAUCCAAAUCAAACUUUUCCACUGCUGUCUGCUUCGUAUGAUGUCACUAUAAAAUAUUUGACCUUGCCCUUAAAAUACAAAUGGGUGCCAAGUCAUUUUGCACCCCGUUCAAUUACACCCAUAUGUUUAUUAUAUAUUUAGGCUAGCCUGAUUUGGUCUUGGGCCAGUUUUACACUACAUGAUAAAGUGAAGUCAAAAAUUUAAAGUCUAUAAUAAUAUAUCAUGAGCCAUUCACAACUUGCAACAUGAAUAUAGGUGUGCAAAUUAAAAUGGGAAGAUAUAUUUCCAAGAACAUUUUUUCUAUUUUUAAGGAGGAGGGGCAAAGGGGGUGUGAAAAAAAUGUAAAUUGUGAAUGGACGUUUAUGUGCAAUAUAGUUUAAAUAUGAGCCUUUUACAAUUUUCAUAUCCCAGAAAGUUGUGAAUGGACAAAUUUAUGGGUGUGAAUAUCAUAUGCAAGUAUUGCACUAUACUGUAGGCCAUUUUAAGGGGGGUGUGCAGUAAUCUUGUUCAUUUGAGGAGGAUAAGAAAUAUGAAGUCCUACAUGUCAUUUUGUUUGAAAAGUAUGCAUACAAGAACAGGACAAUGUCUUUUAAAUCACUUAGAACGGCUGUCAAACUGCGCAGUUACAGACUUAUUUUGAAGAUUUAAAAAUCUGGAAAAAUAUGAAGGGGGUACAUUGGUAUCCCCUACACAGUUUGAAAGCUGUUUUAAGUGAUUAUAUAAGGCAUCAUCCUGUUCUCGUACGCAUACUUUUCAAACAAAAUGACAUGUUGAACUUCAUAUUUAAUGCUUUUGUAUCUUUUGGCAAUAGUUUUGGUCAGUUUUGGGCAGAAACAAGCCAGUUAAAAAAAUGUUAACAUUCUUAUCUUCAAAGGAAUAAGAUGGCCCCACAUUCCCCUUAAUACAGAAAUACAGUCAAACCUUGUUAUCUCGAACUAGAUGGGACUGGUUAAAAACCUCGAGAUAUCCGAGUAUUCGAGAUAUCAAGGUAAAUCACUUAAAAUUUAAUUGGUUGGGACUUACAAAUCACUUCGACAUAUCCAUUGUAUUCAAGAUAUCGGUGUUCGAGAUACCGAAGUUCCAACUGUAUAUAUACAGUAUACACAUACAAGUCAUGCACUUAGAAGUUGGGUUUGCAUACUAAGAUUAAUAAAGUACAGGUAAAUAAGAGUUUUACAAUUUAUUUCCCAAAUAAUAUGUAGGUAACAGCUAUACCUUUGUAGCCAUUUAAAGCAAUUCUGCAAAAUAAUGUAUUGCUGUUAUCCUUUUCAUUGCGAAAACAUUGAAAAAAGCACCCCAAAUCAGUAUUCAACAUUGAAAUAUGACUCUCGGGUCAAUUUUAAACCCAGGUCAAUAUUCUUUGUUCCAUCCUAUUCUGGCAAAAUAAGAUUUUAAAAAAUUACUCUCUAUUUCUCUGUAAAAGUUUAACCAAGGAAUCAUGAAAUUUGCAAUUAAGAAAAAUUAAUAUUGAUGUGAGAUCUUGACAAUCUUUCAACUGAAAAUGAUUAGUGGAAAAGUUGGGCUAAAAUUAGUGCUCCUGGUAGAGUCUAAAGUUAACCCUAUACCUAGGUACAUACAUUAUACCAGUAUACUAAAUGUUAUCGGUAAUUAUGAAAGCUUGUAUCAGCUUGCAUAGUAUAUUACACAUGUGCAAUAUCAAUUUUCUUCCUCAGGCAACAGAUAUUUUAAAGAUGAUUUACAUCCAAUUUCAAAAAGAAAAAGAAGAAGGCCAUGUGAGAAACAUUGACGACCCCAUGAAGAGAUUAUCUUCAGCAACAGGUAACAGAAAAAAAUUUGCAUAAAAUGGCUACAUUUAUAACUAUGGAAAAAUAGUGUGUUGAAAAUCAGAAUUUCAUUAUUUUUUAAUCAUGGUACAAAAUGUAUCAAGUGAUAUAUUUCGAUACUGGUAUUUCUGUCAUAAUGUAAUGUUAAUUUUGAAUUUACUGGGUGGGUGUAAACACAAAAUUUACAACAUGACAACUGUUGAAAUUACUGUGUUUUACCUUAAGUGAUUGUAAAAUCAGCAUUUACAUAUUGGUUGACAAUACUCACCAGAACAAUACUGUUACCAGUAUGUGGCCUAAAGUAUAUUGCUGCAUGUUGUAAUAUAUAGCUUAUUACAAAGCUCACCGAGACGAGGCAUCAGCUUUAUGAGACCACCUUUAUCAUAUUAUAUGAAAAUCAUAGUUAAUAAUCUUGGAUAUCAGAAACUGUAAUAUGGUUUGAUACAAUAUUGAAUAUCGUAUGAUACAUUAUCAUGGGAUACAAUAAUAUAUUAUGUAAUACAAUAUCAUAUUAUACAAUAAUAUCUUAUAUGAUACAAUAUACAAGUAAUACAUUAUAAUAUUAUAUAAUACAAUAUAAAAACAUAUCAUAUCCAAGUCUUUCAAGUCCCUAAGUAGCAUCCGUGCAAGUUUGGUGAAGAUAGUAAUAACUUAGAUACAGGACCUAGUGCACCAAAAACUUGAAUCAGGUCUGGACGCUGACGCCAACGCCGGGGUAUAGCAUAAGCUCCCCCAGACUUUGUCUCGGUGAGCUAAAUACACUUGCCCAUGAUAUUAUUUGAAAACCGUUUCUAUAGAUGAUUUUUGAAGGAUAGUGCACAAUAAUAGACAAAAAUCAACAUCAAAAAAUAUCAUGUGAGGCUGAGUGACUCAGGUACAUGUAGCUUAAUAAAUACAAAUGGGUAGUAGAAUAUUUUUUAACAUCAUUAGGGAUAAGUGUGAAAACACUGAAAAAGAAGGUUGUUGUCGACCCUGUGGAGAUGGUGGUGGAGGAUCUUCAGGCAGCUCCUCCUGUACCUGUUCCUAAGAAGAAACGUGGUCCCUGUAGAAAGCUUGAUGACUUCGAUGCAGAUUUGGUGAAGAGGACCAUUCAUGAUAUGCAGUUGAAGGGCCAGUACGUUUCACUUCGUCGACUGUCAGAUGUACUAGUAGAAAAGGGAGUCAGGAUCACCAAGUCUCCAUUGGGGAGACUUGUGAAGGAUCUUGGGUUCAGAUUCUACAAAACUCGUUCCAACCAACGCUACAUUGGAGACAGGAACGAUAUCGUAAGUAUGCGACAUACUUACCUGAGGUCCAUUAGGAAGUUUAGAGAGGAGGGUCGUCCUAUUGUGUAUUUGGAUGAGACUUGGUUGAACACCAAUCAUGUAGCGAGGGGAGAUUGGGUGGACUGUCCUAGGACAUCUACCUCUGCCUUUGAGUCGCAUCGUGGAGGUCAUGGGCGUUUUGUCCCAUCUGGGAAAGGCUCUCGUCUGAUAAUUGUGGAUGCAGGUUCUUCGGCUGUGGGUAUGAUCCCGGGAUCUGCUCUCAUUUUUGAGUCGAAAACAGGCAACCAGGAUUAUCAUGACGAGAUGAACUCAGAAAACUUUACGAAGUGGUUCACUGAGCAGUUGCUCCCUAACCUACCGACCAAUUCAGUCGUAGUGAUGGAUAAUGCUUCCUAUCACAGUCAUCUGGAUCCUGAGUCUAAGUGUCCGACUUCGUCGGCAUCGAAGGCCGAGAUCCAGUCUUGGCUUGAUAGAAAGGGUAUUCAUUACACUCCGGGAAUGAUCAAGGCUGAAUUGAUCACAUUGGUGAAGCAACAUAAACCUCGUCCUAAAUAUGUAAUAGACGAUUUGGCUUCGAAAGCAGGUCACACAGUUUUGCGUCUACCUCCCUAUCACUGUGAGCUUAAUCCUAUUGAGUUGGUCUGGGCUGAAUUAAAAAGUUUCGUCGCCAGGAGCAAUGUCACAUUCAAGAAAGAGAAAGUGAAGGAACUCUUUAAUCAGGCUAGAUCAACUUAUGGGGUUGAGAAGUGGCGUAAGGUGGAGAGUCACGUGAUAAGAGAGGUCGAAGAAAAACUGUGGAAACUCGACGGAGUCCAGGAUGAGGAGGUUGCUCCUGUGGUCAUAGACUUGACGGACUCGGAACACAGUGACAGUGACAUGGACACAGAUUCUGGUGAUGACGAAAAUGACUCUGACUCUGACGAAUCCAUGGGCUUCGUUGAGGAGUCUGACGACGAAGUCACUUGUUGCAUAUGUGGUGAUUACAAUGCUCCUGGAAAGUCUCGAAAGAUUGUAUGGGUUGAGUGUGAAGUGUGUAAGAGGUGGAGUCACCGCAUAUGUACUAAGCCCUCUCUAAAGUCAGGUAAGUGUGUCCAAUGUUGGAACGCUUUGUAUGGUCUGAAUCCAGCUCCUUCAUGAGUCUUCCCAUGGUGUCUGGAGAACUGCUC